AUGGAUGGGAAGAGGGAAUUGCUAAAGUUAAAGGAUAGCAACAGGAUUUGGAGCAGGAAAGAUGAGAGAAAGAAGAGGCCUCUUGUGUUGUGUGCAAAUGCCUCCGUAACAGAGAGAGUUGGUGCCACAGUGGUCAGUCUGCAGGCAAGAAAAGCUCCAGAAUCCAAUAACGCUUCCCCUCCUGGUCCUUCACUAUCCAAAUACUGGGCAGAGGAGCUGACUAAAGCCAUGUCGUAUGUAGAUAUGCCUGUUGAACGAGAAUACGUCUCCGAUGCUUUCAUGAGUAUGGUGAAGAACCAAUCACGCAACACCUUUAGAUCGUGUGAUAUUCCAAAGGCCGUGACAGCUGGAAUGAGGGCAGUUUUAGUGAACUGGAUUGUUCAAGUUCACGAGUAUCUGGGUCUGGAAGAAGAGACGUUGUAUCUUGCUGUAUACCUAAUGAAUUCUUACAUGAAAGUCCAUCGGAUUCGCACUCCGCUUCUCCAGCUUCUUGCCACUGCCUGUCUUUACCUCGCCUGCAAACUAGAAGAGAGUCUGAUUCCUGAGCCGGCAGAGCUCUGCUUCAUGAUGGAAGACUCCUUUAGCAAAAAAGAACUGCUGAAGAUGGAGCGAAAGGUCCUCUGUCGAUUGAGGUUCGAUUUGCAUUACACACAGCCCCUGCACUUUCUGAAUUUACUCUCCAUGGUCGGAAAAUGCCCUGAUACGGUUCACUACCUCGCUAUGUACCUGAUGGAAUUAACUCUUCUGGAGGCAGAUGGAGUAUUGAUUGAGCCUGCGCUUUUGGCUAUAUCUGCACUAACUUUGGCACAGAAAGUUUCUUUGGAGUCAGGAUGCCUAAACCCUGAUCAGAUAUGGCAUACGGCACCUCAACUUUAUUCAUAUAGUGAUUCAGAUCUUAGUACCACGCAACAACUCAUGGCAAAAGCAGCUUUACUGGCCAGUUCUUCAGAAACCAAAUCAACAUUUCAAAAAUAUUCUCGCUCCCAGAAACUUGGAGUAAGCACUGGACCGGCUCUGGCGAACUCAAAACACCUUGCCCGCUGCAUGGGGGCGUUGUAAACCUCUUCAUAGAUCUACAGCAUCCCUCGGAAUCCUGAUUUGGGUCAAUGUUUCCACUUUCAUUAAGACUUCCUCAG